CCCUGCGGCCCGAUCGUCCCUGCAGUGCUGAUUCAUUCUACAAGAGUCUGGCAGAGGGACCGGCGGCUGAAAACGGUGCAGAAGCUGAUAGAAUUGAGUGGCGGUGGGAGUUGGAUUGACGGUGUUGCGGUGCUGCGGCGGAGAUGUGCGCGGCUGGGAGGCGCUGGGGCCGGCGGCAGCGAGCUCUGCUCUGGGCCGUCCUGCUGGCGGCGUGGGAGGCGGCGUGGGGGCAGCUGCGCUACUCGGUGCCCGAGGAGAUGCCCAAGGGCUCGUUCGUGGGCGACGUGGCCAAGGAUCUGGGGCUGCAGCUGCCGGAGCUCAGCGAUCACGGCUUUCGCUUAAUUGAAAGAGGUAAGACGCAAUAUUUCGUUCUGCACGAGAAAACGGGACAUUUAGUGACGGCGGAGAGGAUCGACAGAGAGCAGCUGUGCGAGCGUGUGCAGCAAUGCGUGCUGCGCUGUGAGCUGAUAGUGGAGGGGGAAAUGAAAUUGUAUGAAAUCGAAGUGGAAAUCACGGACAUUAACGAUAAUGUGCCCAGAUUCCGAGAGACAGAUAGAGAGCUCACAAUGAUCGAGACGGACAGCCCGGGGUCUCGAUUCUCCCUGCCCGGCGCUCAUGAUCCAGAUUCUGGACGGAAUUCCCUGCAGAGCUACGAUGAGCGGUGACGAGCACUUCUCGCUGGCCGUGCAGGCGGGCCCCGGCGGCGAUCA